GGAGGUGGUGUGACGCAGUCUGGUUUCGGUGGCAAUGGCGGCGGUCAUGGUUCCGUGCUCUCUGUCGCGGCUUGUGCUGAGGGCUCGGGCACCACUUGUCGCCGCUUAUCACAAGAAGGUGGUGGACCACUAUGAGAAUCCCAGAAAUGUUGGAUCCUUGGAUAAGAAUGCAAAAAAUGUUGGAACAGGCCUGGUUGGUGCACCAGCUUGUGGUGAUGUCAUGAAACUACAGAUUGAGGUGGAUGAAAAUGGGAAAAUUAUUGAUGCGAGAUUUAAAACAUUUGGCUGCGGAUCAGCAAUUGCAUCCAGCUCACUGGCUACAGAGUGGGUGAAAGGGAAAACGGUCGAUGAAGCUUUGACGAUUAAGAACACAGACAUUGCUAAGGAGCUAUGUCUCCCUCCAGUCAAACUGCAUUGUUCAAUGCUUGCUGAAGAUGCGAUCAAAGCUGCUCUGGCUGACUACAGAGUGAAACAACAAAAGAAAAAGUGAGACUACAAACUUUACACAACAAUCCUUCAACAACUAAGUGAUAACUUUUGCAAUGAUCCCUUUGUGUAAAAGAACUUCAAAUAAUUUAUCUGCUCAAUUGUUACAUUGUAAGAAAAACAGUAGCUAGAUGUCAGUUUAUUAAAUGGACUCUUGAUGUGCCUUGUAUUUGAGUUAGAAAAUUAUUUUGGAAAAGUUCAGUUUCUUGAAGUAUUAAUAAUAUUGUUGAGAAUGUAAAUAACUUGAUUUAGCUGAGAUGGGCUUGAUUAUAAUAUUUGUACUUAGAAAAAUAUAAACAUAAGUAAUUAGUUUCUUAUCAGUCUUUGUGUUUGAAUUUCAUCAAGAAUUAAGACUUUGCUACACCUGUUAAUCUGUUUCGCAAUUCAACAGAUAUGGGUUUAAAUCCCGCAGCUAUUCAUUUCUGCUGGCUGAGGUUACUCAAGUGCUACUUGUUUUUUUUUGCAUCUAAAAUGAGAACAGCAACAGAAGCAAAACUUAUUUCAUCUCUACCUGCACAGUGCACCUUCCAGAAUGACAUUGUGUCAUAUAUUUAAUUAUUCAACAUUAUAACAGAUGAUGAAUCCUGUUAUUUCACUUAUAUAUUGCCAAAGAACUACUCAAAGAUUCACUACAUAAUUAAAUUUUGCUUUAUAAUUUCACUCCUGUAGUACAAGUUGUCUGAAUUCUUAUUACAUUUUAAGUUGCAGUAAUUCUGAACUAAGUCACUGAAAGACAGUGAAAUGUCUAAUCAGUAAUCUAAGAAUACACAUCCUGAUAACUUAUUUAGUUUCAAAUUACAAUGGCACCAUUUAAGGAAAUACUAUUACAUCUGUCAUGAAUGUUCCAUUAUUUAAUGUAAUUUUUAAAGUAAUUUCCCAUGUUUUUAAAUGUAAUCAUUUGUCCCAGUUCAGAUUAUUCUAUUUUUAAGAAAUUGUCUUGGUACACAACUGAUUUUCAAAAGCAGGCAUGUAACUUUUAACUUUGAAACCAAUUAUGUUUUAAAUCAAAGUUACUUCAUUAGCUUUAAAAUUCCCUUUGCAGCCAUAAGCUGCAGCUACUGAAAAUAGCUUUGUUAAUGGGAUAGACACACUAAAGCUGGGCAUACAUAUCUCUAGUUUGCCUGAUUCUCAUUUUAUUUUCAAGCUACAAUGAUUUGUCCAGUUAUUUGCUGUAGAUUAGAUGUCAAGUGGUUGCCCGUUCAUUUCUGGAAUAGAAGUAGGUUACUUCGAGGGACCAACUCUCAAAUAGGAAAAGAGGUAAGGGUACCUCUAAUGUAGAAGGGAGGAUGUUGAGAAGGUGUAUGUAGUUUUAUUGCCUAGCUUACAGAUGAAUGAGAAACAAAGUUUGAAAGAUAAAAUGGUCGUGCGAAGUCACCCAUUCCAACUGGAAGGUUUUCAUAUCCUACCAGUACUGAUCAUCACCAGGAGGUUGCUUUUUAAAACUUAAAAAAAAAUCAUGUGAGCCUACCAUCAGAAUGUAUGGCAUAUUUAUUUGUGGUAUCUGAGCUUAUAAAAGGGAUUACAACUUGUGUAAUAUUUGGUGAAUUAAAGCAACUUAACAGGCCUCCUCUCUCAGGUUUCCUGUUUGCCAACUGAAGGCAUGUGGAUAAUAUCAAAUUUAGGUCAUAAAUGUCUUUGUGCAAAUAGGUAAUAGUCAAUAUAGACACAGCUGAAAUGCAACACAAACUUGAUACUGGAAGGUAGAGUAUCUGAAGAAAAGCUAUGGAAUUUUAAUGAUGGCAAUCAGUAACUCUAGUCUUGCAGUUAGUUCUCAAUGCAAGGCAAACUGAUGAUACAGUUUUGAAUGUAACUUUUCUCUUAAACUGCAAAACAAUUGACAAGACCUAAUGCCUGAGUUCUUAAAGUGCAAGUAAUGUUUGACUAAUUGAUAUCAUUCCUGAAGGGCUCAUGCCCGAAACGUCGAUUCUCCUGCUCCUUGGAUGCUUUCUGACCUGCUGCGCUUUUCCAGCAACACAUUUUCAGCUCUGAUCUCCAGCAUCUGCAGUCCUCACUUUCUCCUAAUUGAUAUCAUUGUUUUGUAAAGUUACAACUGAUAUAAAUAGCAUGGAAAAUUAAGGUCCUUAUUUAUCUGAUAAACCUUUGUCGUGCAAUUUAUACUUUGACAAACUUUAACUGCAUUCUGUGUAAAUGUUUAUUUGAUUUGGGAAGGAAUGAGCUUCCUGGUUACAAAUAAUAAAAUUCUCCAUUUCUGAUUA